ACUAGUGCAACCGUAUCGCACAGGACAGGAUGAAGUUGCUGCAGUAUCUCGCGCCUCUUGUUCUACUGGUCUCGACUAUCGAUGGACGGUCCAACCGGAAGAUUGACUGGAGUUUGGUGCGACCGAUUAGUGAAUUUCCGCACGUAACGCGCUGGAUUCAGAAUCUGUUAGGUAAUGUAACAACAGCCAAUUCGCAUAACAACCACAGUCAACGAAUUGUUGGUGGACAAGUGGCAUCAUCAGAUCAAAUUCCUUAUCAGGCAGCAAUCUUAGCGGACGUGGAGGAUGGAAGUGGACUCUGUGGAGGGGUGUUGAUUUCCGCGAACUACGUUUUAACAGCGGCUGUUUGCGUCCAUGGUGCUAGCGAAGGAACUGUCAUCUUGGGUGCUCGAAAUCUUCAGGACGAAAAUGAAGAUGGUCAAGUGCGAAUCGAUUUCACCAGUUCGGAUUACCAGGUACACGAAGGCUAUGUGGAGUUUAUAUUUAGAAACAACAUAGCUGUUAUUCGUUUACCAUCGCCGGUGCCGGUAUCGUCGAGAAUUCAACCGGCUUUGUUGCCAGCAUCAACCGAUACGCGAACAUUUGCCGGAAUGCUCGGCACAGUGAGCGGAUUUGGACGAACUUCGGACGGUAGUACAUCGUUUUCGGAUGUUUUACGUUACGUUUAUAACCCGAUUUUGACCAACGCUGACUGCAAUGCCGGUUGGUGGGGUGACCUCGUCGAUGGCCAGAAGAUGUGUCUCUCUAAUGCAAGUGGCCGAGGACCGUGUGUUGGUGACGAUGGUGGACCGCUUACGGUGCAAGAUGCAGGCCAAAGCCUACUGGUUGGAUUUUUCUCGUUUGGUGCCGUGCUUGGUUGCGAAGCGAAUUGGCCUGCUGUGUUUGUGCGAGUCACCUUCUAUUUGGAUUGGAUUCAAGCGCACACCGAUGUAGUUAUCAGAUCAGGUUAAAACAGACAAGAUUACUGGUUUAUGAUGUCGUGACCGCAGGGAUAGUAAAAGUAUCAGUCGGUACGGUCCGGAUAAACGGCAAAACAGUUGUGCGGCGUUGUAUUCGAACAUUUUGAUAAGAUAAAAUAAAUUCUUGUUGCUUGUCGUUGGGCAGGCGCCAAACACAGUGAUGGGAGUA